CGAUUCGACGACGCUCCCUGUUUACGCUCAGUUGUCAUCAUCCGUUCAACAUUGUCGACAUAGAACGCGAUCACAUCGUGGUUAAUGCAGUGCGAUCGUUUUUUUUUUGGCUAACGAGUCUCUUGCGUUUCUCAUGUAAAAAAUCACGCGUCUGGUGAUCGAAAAUGCUUGUCUUCACGCCACCGCUCAAAGUUAUUCGCGCAUUAUUCUUGGUGAAAAGAAGAAACACUUUCGGAUAAUAACUACUACUGUGGAAAGAAAGAAUUUUUGUACCGAACAGGACAUAUUGAGAAUGAUCGAAGACUAUGCGAAUCAUUCGAAUGGAUUGCUCGGUGAAAGAAGCUUACGCAAUAGAACUGGCAAGGUAAUCGUACAGUUUCGCGAGUAACCUUUCACGAAUCUUUGACCCGAGUACGAAAAUAUUCACACCUCACAAGAAAUUUCGACACUAACUUUGGGAUCUCGAUUUACAUAACUCAACGCGAUAACACUUUCUAUAAUACAUUCUUCGACGUAGUAACGCACAGUUGGCGGAUCACGAUCGGGAAUCAAGAUUGUCGACAAAUAGGAACAAUGUACCGUCGAAUCGUAAGAUACAUGAAGCCGAAAAAGAUCAUUAUUCGCCGACGCAAGAACAAAUAUUCCUUAGGUAGAAAAAUGAACAUGAUAAUUAUUACUCGUCGUCCAUUUAUGAAUAUGUCACUUUCAGUCGAGAGUGAGUUAGACUUUAUGUAACAUGGCAUUUAUCAGAAGCACGUAUCCAUAAAGAAAUAUUUGGCACGUGUCAACUCGUUAUGUUCCAUUGUAAGAGACAUCCACGCAUCAAGGUAAUUGCCAUGUUUUUGAUGCAUCAGCAGAAUGAAAUAAAUAAGAUAGAUAAAGCGAUUGCCGAAGAAGAGUAGAAUUGAGAGAGCAAAGUGGGAAGAUUCUGCAGUCCUCGGGUGUACCGUGGGCAUCAACGUCGUCAACGGAGACUGACCUUGACCUGAAAAAUAAGCGCGAAGCGGAAUCGGAAGCGGUUCGCCGGUCGCUAGAGGGCUAAAGCAUUAGCCGCGGGUCUCGUAGCGGAUUGUCGUAAAAACGAUAGCGAUUGCUCGCGAACAACGUUGACGACGUUGCCCCAUCGACGCGUGUGUUAAUACCUAGGUUGAACGUUGUGUAUGAAGGCGGAUCAACUCGUACGUUACAGGAGCGGCGCCGUAGGCUGAUCGUAGAAAAGAGCGUAACGGAAAGCGAAUCCGGGGAGAGAAGAGGGGGUAGAUGGUGGUACGAAACGCUGGCGGAGACCGGCGAAGGAAGGAGAUAGAUAGAGCACCGACGCGUCUCGUAAUGCACGAUGGUGCAUUAGCCCGAAGUCGCGAGACCACCGUGCGAUUUCUCUCGCGCUCUCGCAACGGAACUCGCACCUGAACUCGCACCUGAACUCGAGAGCCAUUCCUCCAAAGUUGUAUCGCGCUGUUGGACUUGGACCCAUUAUACAUUCGGAAAGAGACCUCCAAAUAUAUAUGACUCCAAUCGUCUCUGUGUAAAGUGAGAUAUCUUUUUUUCUUUGACGAAAGAUAUGUCUGAAAUCACGACGACUAUCGGUGCGCCUGCAGGGCUCACGCCAGAGAAGAAACAAGCGAACCUGACAGUGGCCGAUAAAUCCAACAGUGCCAUCACUUGGAAGUCCAUGAGUAUCCAACAGAAAUGGUCCUUCCUGACUAGCAACAUCACCGUUGAGCCGAUGGUCGCGUGUUAUGUGAUCCCUAGCGUGCUCUCUUCGCUGGCUACGCAGAAUCUUAUUCUCGAAAAGGCGUGUCGAGUGAAUCUGGCUUAUUCGGAUGAGAUAUGCUCGGCUCUAUCUGCCAGAAACACCAGCGGCUACGAGGCCGAAGAGACCGCGGUUCAACAGCUGGUGGCGCGUAUGCAAACAUGGAAGACACCGUUGCAAAGCGCCUUGCCGGCCAUUCUAAUUUUGUUUAUGGGUGCGUGGAGCGAUCGCACCGGUUUGAGAAAGCCUUGUAUGCUGCUGCCGAUCAUUGGCGAGUUCUUCAGCAGCGUCACUCUUAUCGCUUGCACCUACUGGUUUCACGAGCUGCCCAUGGAGGCGGUUGUACUAGAGGCUGUGUGGCCUGCGUUAACCGGCGGCUGGUUUACCAUGUUUAUGGGCAUCUUUAGUUACAUAGCAGACAUCACGUCCGUAGAAUCGAGAACACUUAGGAUCGGCGCGGCCAACGUUUUCCUAUCCCUCGGCGUGCCAAUUGGCAUGGCCCUAUCGGGGAUACUGUACACGAAGCUGGGUUUUUACGGUGUCUUUACUAUCUCGAUGGUGUGUUAUGUAAUGAGCUUUGUGUACGGAUUAGUGGUCAUUAAAGAGCCACCGAGGGUACUUGCGGAGCGUGCGCGGAAAAAGACCCUUCCAAGCAAGGGCAAACGAAUCUCGGUGUGCGCUUUUAUUCUGAACUUUUUCUCGUUGAGGCACAUAGAGGAGACGUUUCGCGUAGCGUUCAAGAAAGGAGCAAACAAUCGCCAGAAAAGAGUCAUCGUACUCAUGGUUAUUAUUAUGGUUGUCAUCGGACCCCUUUACGGUGAAAUGGCGGUUCUCUAUCUUUACAUGCGGUACCGAUACAAUUGGAACGAAGUGUCGUUCAGCAUGUUUUCCACGUUUGGCAUGGUAACUAAUCUGAUUGGCACCGCGAUUUCCGUCGGUAUCUUCAGUCACAUCCUCAAAAUAGAUGACGCGAUUGUGGGUAUCAUGAGCUGCAUGAGUAAAAUUUUAGCAAGUUUUGUCUACGCGUUCGCCACAAGUGCUUGGAUGGUCUACGUAGCUGCUAUUGUGGAGAUCGUAAACGGUACAUCUUUUAUUGCCAUGCGAUCAAUAGCGUCCAAGCUCGUGCCUACAGAUGAACUCGGUAAAGUCAAUUCAUUGUUUGGUGUGUGCGAGUCCUUAAUGCCGCUUAUUUACGGACCCAUGUACAGCGCUAUUUACGCGGCGACCAUGAAUACGGUACCCGGGACUUUUUUCAUCGCCGGAGGAUCCAUGACAACGCCCGCGGUAUUUGCAUUUUUAUGGUUGUACACGGAGCACCGAAAGGAUCGCAUGCUGAAGGAACAGAAGGAUCCCGAAGCUAUGAUCAAUUAUAAAAACGAGGACACGACAGACCACAGUUUGAAGAACACUCGGAUUAUAGAUACGCAGAAGAGUAUGCAAAAGGCUGAAAUAAUAAAUGGCAUAGAUAACGCGGCCUUCGAAUCUGAGCAAUUGUGAUCUCACGAUUUACGUGAUCCUUUUUUUAAUAUAUAUAUAUAUAUAUAUAUAUAUAUAUAUAUAUAUAUAUAUGUGUGUGUGUGUGUGUGUGUGUGUGAAGACAGAUGAUACAUUAAUAAUACCUCAUCAAAAAGAAAGGACUGAAAGAGCAUCUUAAAGCCAGUGUCGAUAAAGCACUGAUCGAGGAGCUACUGAUAAAAGAACUAGCAAAUUCAUUUUACGGACAGAAAUCAAAGUAACUUCAAAACAGAUACAUAUACUGAACAGUGUUAAAAUCCGAGAUAUAUAAAGAUUCCGGCAAAUCAAUUUUAUUACAGAAAAAAAUAAUUCUGAAUUUUUUUCGGAAUUUGUUAGAGAUGAACUAUUUGUUAGAGAUAACAAAUACGUUCGGAAUAAAUUUUAAAAGAAUUUGUUCCUAAACUUUUAAAAUCCUGCAAAAUUUCGCAAAAAUAAAUAAAGAUUCGAAGCUACCGUAUCUUUCAAAUCCUAUUCAACUGCUAACAGUUAUCAUCUUGAUACAGCAUUGAAGUACAAUUUAAAGUGUAAAUAAAAAAUUUUGGUAACUCUUUUUUUGCCAUCCAUCAUUUCAUUUAUAGCAUUUUAUAGAUUCUUUUUCAAGCAUUUGCGAGAUAUAAAGAUAUUCUAAAUAAAUAAAGGAUAACUUACCGGAUUACAUUUGUAAUUCAACAUUUGUAUAAGUUAAAAUAAUAUAUAACAAGAAUUAUUUAAAAAAGAUUAUUUUUUAAGAAAACAUAAUUGAAACAAUUAUUUAAGAAUAGCCGAAAACUCUCUCCUUAUUUUUUAGAGAUCACAAAAGGCAUUAGUUUACUAGUAUACAGACAUACGGUAAAGACCAUCUCUCUGUGUGGAAUAUUUUUAUAUCAUAUCUCAUAGUCUUCAAUUUUGGUAUUCGUUUAAAAGCGACCAAUUACAUGUAACAAGAGCGUCUUUGAUAGGGUGGCGUUAAAUACGAUACUCAGAUUUUUAUUUAACGAUCUAUAUCCUUUAUGCUGAGUAUAUGUAUUACUAGUACAAACUGUACUUAAAAACAGAUUAUAACGAUAGCGUAAAAGAAAUAUGCACACAUCACAUAGAUAUUCAUAUUACAUAACAUGAUUAAUCAAUUUCCGAUUGCACAAAUUCUUAAUAACAAAGCUCGUAAAAGAAUAUAAAUCCUUUUUCCCUCUGACAAUGAAUAAAUUUUACAAGGAGCACGAUAAAGACGUACUAUUUAACAUCACAAUUCAAGGAUUUUAUCUAAUAAAGCUCAAGCUUUAUUCGAUAAAAUCCGCGUAUAUCUAUAUAUAAUUUUAUUUAUAAUUAAUUGUAAUUAAGCUUAAUACAAAUUUUAUUUAAGAUUUAAUAUACAUGUAUAUUUGCAUAUACGACAAUACACAUUCAAAAUUGAUAAAAAUAAAUAAUGUAUUUAUGAUUGUUUUUGUAAUACGUUUUCCACAUAUAUAACUUUCAUACCUGACAUUUUCUUUUUUACUGCAGCUAUAGCUUAUUAAAUUUCUGCAUAUUUAUACUUUUAUAUGUAAUAUAUAAAUUAAUAUAU